AUGCUGCAUCAAUCAAACCUAUGGAAGGCCAAAACUGAAAUCAAGUGCGUCAAAGAUCCAGCUGGAUGGUACCUUGCCCUUGAGUUUCAUGAGGGCAACCUGAUCACCAUUCGCGUCACUCAAAGUGAUAGGCGCCAGGAUGCUUUCAUGCAGGGUUUGAUUGAACAAAUCAUCGGAAAUGGCCCUCCUGGUGAUGACUCUGGAAUUGAUGAUCUUGGCUUGAUUGAUGGAUUUCGGAUGCGCAUCUCCCUUGAAAACCCUGCUCCUCUCCUCAAUGCCCGUAACUCAUUCCAGCGCAAAGUAAUUGUUGGUGUUCUUGACUCUGAAGAAGAAGCGACUGAGGAGAAUCUACUUUCCAUCUUGCAGGCAGUCCAGCGCUGGCUCCAAAAGCCAGAGAACAAUCGCUUUGGUACUCGAGUUUUCAUCAGGGAGCCUGGCUGGAACUUGACCCCCCCUGAGCCUCUUCCUUUGCGCAAGAUUGACCAUGUCUUGCAGUACAAUGAGAUAGUUCGACUCAUUGGAGGUCUCUUUGAUAAUGUGGAUAGCACCUGGUAUCCCAACAAUGUUGAAGCAGCUUCCUUGUUUUUCACGGAAGGUCAUAUUCCUUUUGAGGCUGGAGGGCAGGCAGCUGCUGCAAAUAAUAACCCCUGA